AUCUUUGCUCAGAAUGUUCUUCCAUUUACUUCAUAGUAUAUAAUUGUUAUUCAAAUCAAAAGUUAAAUACAAAAUUCGUAGUAUUUAAAACUUACUGUUAAUCAUCUCGUAAAAUGUGGCCGAUACGUUUUUCGUCUGUCCACUUGUGCAUAUUCUGUCUCCUUUUUUUGGCGAUCCACCAACAUGCGCUUCAAGCAGCGCCGGCCCACCGUUCGCACCGGGAACGAGACUCCCCAAAAUCGCUCGAGGAUCCCCACCUUGAGUUUCAGGGCCCAAAUAGACCCGAGGAUAACACGGACCAUGGGCAGUCACGGGAAUUGGCCGCCCAGGUGAUCCACCAUCAUGCGAUACAAGAGGCGCCGGCUCAAAGUUCGCACCGUCAUCCAAACUCCCACGAAUCGGUCAAGGAUCCCCACCUCGAAUUUCAAGGGCCAAAUAGACCCAAGGAUAGCACGGACCGUGGACAGUCACGGGAAUUGGGAUCCCAGCUGAUCCAUCAUCAUGCGAUACAAGAGGCGCCGGCUCAAAGUUCGCACCGUCAUGCAGACUCCCACGAAUCGCUCAAGGAUCCCCACCUCGAAUUUCAGGGGCCAAAUAGACCCAAGGACAGCGCGGACCAUGGACAGUCACGGGAAUUGGGAUCCCAGCUGAUCCACCAUCAUGCGAUACAAGAGGCGCCGGCUCAAAGUUCGCACCGUCAUGCAGACUCCCACGAAUCGCUCAAGGAUCCCCACCUUGAGUUUCAGGGGCAAAAAAGACCCGAGGAUAACACAGACUAUGGACAGUCACGGGAAUUGGGAUCCCAGCUGAUCCACCAUCAUGCGAUACAAGAGGCGCCGGAUCAAAGUUUGCACCGUCAUCCACACUCCCACGAAUCUCUCAAAGAUCCCCACCUUGAGUUUCAGGGGCCAAAUAGACCCAAGGAUAGCACGGACCAUGGGCAGUCACGGGAAUUGGCCUCCCAGCUGAUCCACCAUCAUGCGGUACAAGAUGCGCCGCCUCAAAGUUCGCACCGCCAUCCAGACUCCCACGAAUCGCUCAAGGAUCCCCACCUCGAAUUUCAGGGGCCAAAUAGACCCAAGGACAGCGCGGACCAUGGACAGUCACGGGAAUUGGGAUCCCAGCUGAUCCACCAUCAUGCGAUACAAGAGGCGCCGGAUCAAAGUUCGUACCGUCAUCCAGACUCCCACGAAUCGCUCAAGGAUCCCCACCUCGAAUUUCAGGGACCAAAUAGACCCAAGGACAGCACGGACCAUGGACAGUCACGGGAAUUGGAAUCCCAGCUGAUCCAACACCAUGAGCUACAGGCGGCGCCGGCCUCCCGUUCGCACCAUCAUCGAGACUCCCACAAAUCGCUCAAGGAUCCCCACCUCGAAUUUCAAGGGCCAAAUAGACCCAAGGAUAGCACGGACCAUGGGCAGUCACGGGAAUUGGGCUCCCAGGUGUUCCACCACCAAGCGAUACAAGAACCGCCGGCUCACAGUUCGCACCGUCAUCUAGAGUCCCACAAAUCGCCCAAGGAACCUCACCUUGAGUUUCAGGGACCAAAUAGACCCGAGGAUAGCUCGGACCGUGGACAGACUCGGGAAUUUGGCUCUUGGUCCGAAAUGCCCAUGAGACUCUUUCACCUAGUUAGCGAAAAUCUAACGACAGUGGACAGUAGUGGCGACCGUAACCAGCGAAAGACCAGCGCUAUGCAACGACAAGCUAAGAAGCAUCUUUCCCCUCGUGCAAGGACAUCGGGAACGAGUGAACGGCACAAGGAGCUCACCAUACCACUAGCGCGCGGAAUAGUAAACAUCCACGGCAGGCGGAUCGCAAACCCUUGGAUUGUCACCUACGGGGAUGUGUGGAGGGACACGCGUCUCGCUGCCGGGCAUUUAAGCAGAGUACCCCGUUUACACUUGGCGUCGUCGCCAAUCGUAAACUACUAUCCUGACGAGGCCAAGCUUGCCAGCGUAUGCAAGUCGACCAUAUUUAUGCAAAAAUACGGCAUGCCACGUAGGAUGUCGUCCUGGACUUGGAUUCAGUACCAUAUCUACCGGAAAGCCUUCACUUACAGACGCAUGGACCUAAAACAGUGGCAUCGCCAAGCAGUUCUUGACAUAGACUGCCACCGCUUUCAUAAGAAAUCAACGGUCCUUGCAUAUUUGGAAUGCGCGUUAAGUCGCUAUCAGAGAAAUGAAUAUCAAAUACCCCAGUAUCCAAAGCGCCAGAACCAACUGUUCUAUGACAACUAGAUCAAAGCAACUUUUGAAAAAUUCUAGAUAAAAAUAAAAAUAUGAAA